AUGACGAGGAGCGGCCAAUACGAGUUGUUGUCGUUGAUGGAGUUCAUGGUGACCCAAGAUGGACAGCAAUCGAGUUAUGUUUUGCCCGUUUUGUGGACAACAUAUGAGGCGCUUAACGCGGAUUUGUUUUUCGUGUGGUCGGUCUUUAGAGUUUUUAAAUGGCACAGACCAGACGGAAGGACCAGAUUUGCUGCAGCAAGUGCAUAGAAUAUUUUGAUGAGGGACACUCGUACGCUGUAAUCGUGGACAUGAUGUCAUGUUUACACGGUGUUCACAUCAGCUUGAAGUCUCUGAAAAGCAAACUGAAUGGAACAUUUUUGGAACACAAUUAGGGCCAUCCGACUGGAACGUCGUGGACCUGGACAGCUGUUUGGCUACCGCACGAUGUUGCAGGUACAAAAGUACAAUCUGCGCGUGAAGAGGGUCACGUGAUGAAUUUGCUCCGGGACCUCAAUCCUCGAGGGUGCGAGCGGAGAGCACGCAGAAGGUUUAUCAGAAGAACCUACCACUCCAUGGGAUCGAACUAUAUGUGGCACGCGGAUGGUUAUGAUAAACUUAAGCCAUUUGGUUUGGCUCUUUCCGGCUGUAUCGAUGGAUUUUCACGUAAAGCGCUGUGGCUUGCAUGUGGACCAACAAAUAAUGACCCAAGUGUGAUCGCUCACUAUUUUCUGUCAUGUGUGCGAAACCUCGGUGUCAUUCCCAUGAGGGUGGACCAAGGACUGAUUGUGGCACGGAGAACGGGACCAUGGCCGCAAUUGAGUGCACCCUACGCCACCACCACAAUGACCACCACCAUCUGGAGUGUCCAACCACAUGUAUAGCUCAUCCACAAACAACCAGAGGAUUAAGUCCUGGUGGUCCAUAUUCAGAAAGGGGUCCGUUCUGGAUGGAGCUAUUUGCAGACCUUAGCGAUGCCAGAUACUUCAACAUGAGUCAUGAACAUCAGUGUCUACUGAUAUUUGCUUUGGUGAUGUUAUUCAGAAGGACUUGGUGUCACAGUCACAGGAUCCGCCCCUCCAGAGCAGCAUCAUGUCCAGGAGGAGUGCCCAAUGAGCUCUACUACUUACCACACAGAUUUGGCUCUAGAGACUGUGGAUUUAAAAUUGAAAAGGCUGAACUGGAUGUCUUUCCCGAGGCUCGCCUGGCAAGAGCUCCAUGUGGGGAUGCAAACAUGCAGGAGUACUUGGACUGUCCAUGGAGAACAAUCAGUUUCAGAAGCCAGAGUACUGGCAGUCUGCAACUGAACUGUAUCUGAAACUAAAAGACAUUGCUCAGCUAUGAAUGGAAGAGAGGUUUAUUGUAAUGGUGGAACAUGUACACAAAGUGUCUGAAUUUGUCACCCACAGCUUCAUUAUGUCAAAGGGGGAAAUAUAUAUGAAUAAAAAUAAAGUAAUGAGCA